AUGCCCCUCUGGAAUCGCAUCCGGAAAGCAUGCAACAGGGGAGUCAGCAGCCUCUCCCACCUGCGGAAGCAAGCGGAGAAGAAGGUGUGGAAGCAGCAGAAGCAAGCGGAGGAGAUGGUGCGGAAGCAGCAGAAGCAAGCGGAGGGGAUGGUGCGGAUGCAAGCGGAGAAGGUGCAGAAGCAAGUGAAGGAGAAGGUGCGGAAGCAGCAGAAGCAAGUGGAGGAGAUGGUGCGGAAGCAAGCAGAGGAGGAGGUGCGGAAGCAGCAGAAGCAAGCGGAGGAGAUGAUGCGAAAGCAGCAGAAGCAAGCAGAGGAGAUGGUGUGGAAGCAGCAGAAGCAAGCGGAGGAGAUGGUGCAGAAGCAAGCGGAGGAGAAGGUGCAGAGGCAGCAGAAGCAAGCGGAGGAGAUGGUACAGAAGCAGCAGAAGCAAGCGGAGGACAUGGUGCAGAAGCAGCAGGAGAGCAAAGCAGAGGGACCUCAACCUCACAUAGCAUACAUGGUGGAGGAAGGUCCAGCCAGAGCUCGAGGAGGCCCUCAAUGUCGUCUUCUUGUACUCCUGCUGGAUCCUUGCCCUGGCCAUCUUCUGCACGAUGUUCUGCGCCUGUUGGUCCAUGAACUUGGCAAGAACCUGCUCAGAAGGUUGAAAUUGCCCAAGUAUUAGCCUCUACACAAGAGCACCAAACCUGACUGUCAGCCUAACUUGGUUGUCUGAGUUAGUGUCCGUUCAAAGUUUCAAGCAGUGUUUCAUAAAGUAAAGCAUAUCUAAAAAGUACUUGAAGUAAAGUUCAAGUAGCCGAGAGUUUAUGUACUUCAAGUUGAGUCGCAAGUAUACAU